AUAUAGAAUUACACACAAAGUUGAUAAGAGAGGAUGUAAGGGUGUGGUGUUUAAUGUUGAUUGUAUUAAUAUCUACCUGUAGUAAUAGUAGUGUUCAUAUAUAGUUUGUCAUCGUACCUGUUCAAGGUAAUCAAAAUGGUUGAAGGCCAAGGUCACGCUGAUGUUGAUGAAACCAGACUUUCUCCCACAGAACAAUUCUAUUUUAAUUUGUAUACCAAACACAAACAGAGUACAGCUUUACUGUUAUAUACUGAUGUGUACUUUAAUGGACUUUCCCUUCGCUUCGACGAGGUUUUAGAAAUCCUAAAACUUGCGAUAUCAGCGCAGCCAAUUGCCCAUACCGGAUUUGAAACAAUUCAACAUGGCGGUUCUACUAUCACUCCGUCUGUUCGAAGAAAAAUUCUCUCCACAAAGCAAGCAUUAGACUAUAAUAUCGUUGAUAAACUGGAUGAUGAAAUGCAAAGUCUGGAUAAAUGUUUUGGAGAUUUUGAUCUGAGUAAACACGGACCUGUUCGAUUUACAUUUGCAACAAAACCGUUUCUAUCGAUUCGGUUUAUAUUCCACCGAGUGGGUUUUGAUUUUAGAGCUGCACAGUUGUUUGUGGAGGGUUUUAUUGAUAUCAUGAAAAUAAUGGGUAAACGGAAAACGAUUUUUGAUUUAAGGUGUGAUCAUACAAGAUCCGCUUUCCAAGCAUUGGAUCGCUAUCUUACAUCAAAUGAUUCACCAUUAAAACAACUAUGGAGCAAGCAACUCUUAAAACGUAUCCGUAAAUCAACAUUUUCAACCACGAAACGAAACGUGAAGAAAUUUAACCAUCGUAUCCACACAGCUUAUCUUUCAUUUUCAUCUUUUACCAGUAGAAAGAUACUUUAUACGACUAUCUGUACAAAAACCACUCUACUGUGUUUAGUUACAUCUUUAUAUCAGCUGUUACUAUCGUUCUACUCCCGUAACAAAUACGUUACAGUUACAAUGGAAAGCGACCAGAGACGUUUGAUCGCUGAUGCUGAUGCCCAGAACACCGUGGAGUCUAUGACUAACUUGAUACCAAUAGUCAGCACCAUUCCACCAAAGAGCACACCAUUAUACAGCUUCAUUUCUGGAAACGAAGGAAUCAUUACUGAAUGUAUGUCAAUGGCAGCCUUCCCGUACAUUCAGAUAGAACAAUUAGCUAACAAAUCCUCACGAAAGCAACUAAAUCGCCAUCUUGUACGAAACCGAUGUACAGAAACAAUACGCCAAGAUACUAUACAAAUGACUCCAAUCAAAGAAGCGGGGAUGUUUCAAGAAACCUGCCUCAACUUUUAUUAUGAUCAUGAACGGGAUAUUUUAAAGAUUCAGCUUCAGGCUUUAAUGGAUGUUUACUUACUGGAAGAAACCACUAGUAUUCUGCAAAAAUUUGCUAGGAUGUUGAGAAUCGUUGGUAGAGAUGAACGGAUAACUAUCAAUGAAAUGAAAGAUUAUAUUUUAAAAGAUAAACAUUUUAUGAUUUUAAAUGACAUAUUUGUGAAAGUAGGGGAUAAUGGCAAUUCGUGUAAGGGAAACCUAGCAUUAUCCGAUAAUGAAGAAACAGGCACCUCUUUAAUCUGGACAACGGAAAAUCAAACACCAGAGUUCAUCCCUUUUAAGGCUAUUUCAAAUAUACACAUCAUAACUAAAGAAGGUGGUAAGGCUCUGUGGAUUAAAACAGCUCGAGAUGAAGAACAUACGUUUGUAUUUACAAGUGAGAAUCGUGUCAACAUAUGGGUGAAACGGUUGGAGGAAAUUGUUAAUUGGGGUAUUACUCAUGUUUAACUUGGGAUUUAUUUGGUGUUAUUUCCGUUCCUGGCCCUUGCCUAGGCCCUUUUGAAGCUUAUUAUGGGGUUAAAUUGAUCAAGAAGCAAAAGGACCCAAUCUGAUUAAAACACAGAUCCUAUUUCGUUUCGUUUUUUAUAGUUCAAAAUUUCGUUUUACUUGUCUUUAUUACACUAGGAUCAGGAAGAGGUGUUAUAUAUAACCUGCGUUCCACUUUAUGCGAGGCAUUAGCCAAUGAAACGGUCUGUUGAGGCGAGUUCUGGAUGUAUCCCACUAGAAACAUCAACGCUGAUUGGUUAAUCGAAUGUCUGACGUCAUGGGGCCAAAAGCCGUUUGUAUAACCCAUGACGCGACCCCCUAUUACAGCCGGUCAGAUCUUCAAGUAGUGAAGGCCAUCGAAAGUAUAGAAAAACAUAACGAAAUAUAGAACUGUUUUUUAAUUAAAUUAUCAUGUUUUGGACAUUUUCACACAGAUUUGAUCCCCGUCACACCUAACAAUAUACAUUGUUUGUUAACGGAUAAAUGUUAAAUUCUGUAUAUACUGAAUAAAAACACCAAAAGUUUAUAUUCACAGCUUUAUAUAUAUAUUCCACAAUAAUUUCUUCAAUUAUCAAUUCUAUCUAUUUUCUACAAAGUUCAAUAUUCUACUAUGACGUCUGGUAAUUGGUAAACUACGAUUCAACUAAAUGUACAAUUUGGAAUUAUGCUGAAAGGUGGAAAUGCAUAGAAUAUAAAAUCUAUACUGUGAUUCACUACAAUAAAGACAUAACAACAUAUUAUCUAACUAUUCAUACAAAUUCAACCGUUCCUUCGACUACUUUCGAUUUGUUUACGUAUUGGCUUUAAAUGUAGUUGUCUCCCUUGAAUACACACACACAUUCCCGUCUCCAAGAUAGCUCAAAUUACGUUACGGCAGGACCCCCCACAAGGUACCAUAGACAAUGGGCAAUUAGAGCAACCAACUACGACCCAUUUAUUAAUUAACAUUGUUUACGAUAAAAACUAAAUGAAAAUACAUAUUAAGAUCUACAAAUGAUUCUCUAAAUCUACUUACAAUUAAUGGUGCUAUUUUCAACUCUAUUCUAUUCAUUAAUUCUUACAAAUUCUACAAAGUAUUCAAGAGUACUUAAAAAAAAUGCUAAGGAAUUCUACAAAAAAUGGCGUCACGCUGCUUAGCAUGAUGGGAAUUUGGAGGGAACUUUUUAAUAUAUUCAUGCAACCUUUAAUUUGUGAUAACAAAACAUUAAUAUAGAAAUCAUUUGAAUAUGAGGGGGGUUGGUCGAAUGGUUAGCACGCGCGCGCUGUAUCAUACGGUCUGUCAUUGAGUCAACGGGCUGGGUUUCGAUUCCCCGGUUGUACGUGACAAGGAGUAGGGUCGCCUGUCCAACCUCGUGGGUUUUCUCCGGGUCCUCCGGUUUCCUCACACUGCUAAAGACCCCUACGCGCAACCGAAUGAUUGAAAUAAAAUUGAACCAUGUGUUAGUUCCGAAACGACCUAGUGUGUGUCGAGUGGACGUUAAACCCCAUUUCUCUCUCUCUCUCUCUCUCUCUCGUUAUCUCUCUCUCAUUUCAACAUUGUUCAAAACCAGAAACCUUUAUCUCUUUAUAGUUUCAACUUUAAUUAUACCUUCCUCAUGCAUACAACUGAAUGUUUAGCCAUAGCCCAUCAAGUUAUAUUACAGUUGUUGUUUAGUUAGGAUCUCCUAUUUUGUUACGGGGGUUGAAUGACCUAAUGGUUAGAGCGUGCACGUUGUAUCAUAAGGUUUCUCAUUGAGUCAGCUGGCGUGGAUUCGAUUCCCCGGUUGUACGUGACAGGGAGUAGGUUCGCCUGCCAAACCUCGUGGGUAUUCCCCUGGUCCUCCGGUUUGGACCCACUGUUAAGGACCCAUACGCGCAAGCAAAUUAUUGAAAUAAAAUUGAACCAUAUGUUAGUCCCGUAAUGACCUAGUUUGUGUCGAGUGCCUGGGCGUUAAAUCCUAGUCCCCCCUCCCCCUAUAUUGUUACACAUGUGAAGCAUUAUGACAAAUGGACUAGACCCACACACAAAUUAUUUUAAAAUGUGUAAACGUGUAUUUAUAUAUUUUAUCAUCAGUAUACCUAUGUUAAUAUCUUACUCUUAUAGAUGUAUUAAUAUGAUAAUAAUUAUUACCCGCUGUAUAGUGUAACCCGUUAAUUACUGGUAAACACCAAUUUCAUUAUGGGUACUGAUUACCAUUUACCUAUUUUACUUUGAUCUUUUGAUUUUUAUAUGUAAUUAUUAAGGGCUUCCUAUUUGUAUGGUAUAUACUAAUGGUUUAACCAUGGGGACCGUAUAUAGAUGGACAGGCAACGAGUCACGUUGGUUGGUUUCUCUGCCGCUCGCGCUAGACACAAUGAGAUCUCAUUGGUCAACGGCAAAUCAAGAGAUGUGAUUUUUGACUUAGCGGGAUUUUAUACGGAUUAAUUUUUAGAACUCGUUCCUCCUUAGAAUUUACGAUAUUCUUAUAGUUACAUGGUAAUUUUUCAACCCGAUAAGUAUUCCUAUCCGUUAGUGACGAAUUUAUCCAGUUUAGAAUUUUGAAAUUUCCAAAUGCAGCAGUUGAAAAUUGUGAAAUGAUCGAUUUCAAUUUUUUCGUAGUUUUUUAUAAGCAUUUUGGUUUUGAUUAAUACUCCAUAUUCCCGCUUGUAUGAAGGAUUUUAAAAAUAUGAAAAUAAAGUUCAGAUAAUACUGUCCGGAAUGAUGAUUAAUUGUGCAGAAAUAAAAAUUAAAAUAGUGUUUUAUUAUGUUGGUUUUUAACGAAAACUCGACAUGUUUUUUUUUUCGGAUUCACAUGGACGCAUCCGAAGUAAACAUAGACGAUGUGUUGAUACAUUUACACCCCGAUCUUCAGUUAGUAGUAUAUCUAUGUAUGGGUUGCAAAAAAAGAGUAGCAAAAUUAAUAAAAAUAUUAUGAAUUGAUUUCUGUUUCUUUGCUUUUAAACUUAAUACUGGUAAUUGCGCAAGGGGGGGGGGGGGGUAAUUUUAUUUUAGUCACGAUUGUCCGGUCUAUUUUUUGCCGCGACACAGAAUUCUAAAGGCUUCGUGGACGUUGCCUGUCCAACAAUAAACGGUACAUGGUAUUAAAAUACUGAUCAACAAUUAGCUCAUUAUAUCGCUUUGACUAAUUAAGUGCUGGUUAAUUAAAUUAACCUGUCCAUAAUAUCAUAUAUUAUAUUGUAUUGGACCUUAAAUUUGUAAUAAACAACAACUUAUUAUAUUGUCUUUGAUGGAAGCGGGCGUAAAAUAACGCUGUUUCACUCGCACACACACUUAUAUAUUACCCUGGACGCUACCUUGAAAAAGGCAUUGUCUUUAUUAAACAUAAUUUAUGGAAGAGCUAAAUCUGCCUAUUGCAGGUCUCUUUUAGGCCUGAAAUGUUACAUAUAAAUUUUUAAUUAGACAUUAAUUAACUUAUCCAGACCAUAAUCAACUCUAGGUGGCAUCGCUAGCCUGCGAUAUUUGCUGGAUUAUGAUCCCAUUUACUGCUCGACUUCCAUUCAUAAUUUAAUCAUGAAAUGGAUGAUUGAGACUAUGUUUUUUAUCGUACAGACUUUAGUAAUGAUGAUCGAAGCUAAGCCGAAAUUUCAAUCGUUUAUUUCUCGGUUCAUAGUGGAUCAAUUUGACUGAAAUUUUCAGCAAAUUGCAUUUACAUUAUCUAACUAUGUUUAACUAUUAGUUAAACACAUUCUAAAUAUAAUAAUUUUAACACUGAGAUCAUUGCUACGAUAGAAGCAUAACGAAGAUUUAAAGAAACGGAAGUGACGCAAAAAUGGAAAUCAAGAGUUAUCCUUCUAUAUAACUUACUAUCGUAGCGAUGAUCUCUGUGUUAAAAUUAUAUUUACAAUGUGUUUAACCAGCUCUAUCACAAUAUAAUGUUUGAGUGGCAUUUAGCGAUUGACCACAUUAAAAAAACACACAAUUUAUAUAGAAGACGAUAAGAGAAUAUUUGUCGAAACGUCGUGCUAAAUGUGUAUAAC